AUGAACGGCUACGGCUCCCCCUACCUGUACAUGGGCGGCCCGGUGUCGCAGCCGCCGCGGGCGCCCUUGCAGCGCACGCCCAAGUGCGCGCGCUGCCGCAACCACGGGGUGCUGUCCUGGCUCAAGGGCCACAAGCGCUACUGCCGCUUCAAGGACUGCACCUGCGAGAAGUGCAUCCUCAUCAUCGAGCGGCAGCGGGUCAUGGCGGCGCAGGUGGCGCUGCGCCGGCAGCAGGCUAACGAGAGCCUCGAGAGCCUCAUUCCCGACUCGCUGCGCGCUCUGCCCGGACCCCCGCCGCCGGGGGACGCCGCCGCCGCCCCGCAGCCGCCGCCGAACUCGCAGCCGUCUCAGCCGCCGCCUCGUCCAGCUGCCGAGUUGGCUGCGGCCGCCGCGCUGCGCUGGGCUGCCGAGCCCGCGCCCGGGGCGCUGCAGGCACAGCUCGCCAAGCCAGAUCUGACUGAGGAACGACUUGGGGACGGCAGCACGGCAGACAACACCGAGACCUUCAGCGACAAAGACACGGACCAGAGGAGCUCCCCAGAUGUGGUGAAAAGUAAGGGCUGCUUCACCCCCGAGAGUCCGGAGGUCGUGUCUGUGGAUGAAGGGGGGUAUGCUGUCCAGAAAAACGGAGGCAACUCCGAGAGCCGCCCCGACAGUCCCAAGUACCACGCGGAACAGAGUCACCUCCUGAUCGAGGGCCCCUCGGGGACCGUUUCUCUGCCCUUCAGCUUGAAAGCCAACAGACCGCCUCUGGAAGUGUUAAAGAAAAUAUUCCCCAUGCAGAAGCCCACGGUGCUGGAGCUCAUCCUGAAGGGCUGCGGGGGCGACCUGGUCAGCGCCGUGGAGGUCCUGCUCUCCAGCCGCUCCUCCGUCUCGGCCGCCGACCGAACUUCUGCGGAGCCCGAGAGCCUCGUGUUGCCCUCCAACGGGCACAUCUUUGAACACACCUUGAGCUCCUACCCCAUCUCCUCUUCCAAGUGGUCCGUGGGAUCGGCCUUCAGAGUCCCAGACACACUGAGGUUUUCCGCAGACUCUAGUAACGUUGUCCCCAACCCCUUGGCCGUGCCCCUGCAGCAUCCUUUCCCCCAGCCACCCCGGUACCCUCUGAUGCUGAGGAAUACUUUGGCGAGAAACCAGUCGAGCCCCUUUCUGCCCAACGACGUCACCCUGUGGAACACCAUGACGCUGCAGCAGCAGUACCAGCUGAGGUCCCAGUACGUCAGCCCUUUCCCCGGGAACUCGCCCAACGUCUUCAGAAGCUCACCUGUGCUCCCCACGCGCGCCCCUGAAGACCCUCGGAUCUCCAUCCCUGACGAUGGGUGUCCGAUUGUGUCAAAGCAGUCCAUUUACACCGAGGAUGACUAUGACGAGAGGUCCGACUCCUCGGACUCUAGAAUACUCAACACAUCAUCUUAAAGUGGUACUGGGUGGCUGGCGACCAGGUGACAUUUUCUGUGCGUUUGAACCCUGGGGCCCCCUGGAGGAGAGGCCACAUCCUGUGUAUACCCUUUCCUCUGUUUGACAAAGUGACUGUGCUUGAUUCUAUACCUUAGCAAUAAAAACAUAACUUAUUUAAUUUCUUGCACUUCACUGGAAAAUGCCAAAUAACUCUGCUCUGUGGCUUUAGUGC